AUGCCCUGCGACACUGGCAGGUUGAUGUCUGAGGAUGCGAACUCGGAGGCAGGAUGGCCCAGAUUUGGCAUCUCUGGCUACCACCAGAGCUGCGGCCCUGACAACGAGCAUUCUCGAAUCUUUCUUAGCGCGUUGGUUUCCUCCUUGCUCAGUGAGGAUCUACGCAGCGAGACUUCCGUGGACUCUGCAGAAGAGGCGAUCGAAGUUGCGACAACGCUCGGAGUCGACACGGGCGCAGCCGAAGAGCGGCUGGCCAGUGUGCGGCGAAUGCUGAGCGUUCGUGUGGUUUGGGACACCGCGGUCCGCUUCUUCCUCUUGCCCCUGCGCGUGAGCUUCAAGGCUCUCGUCCAGCAGGUCGCUGUCCGCUUUCGGCUGCCAAAGAAAGCGCCGCCGCUGCAGCUCUGCUGGCGGGAGGCCGACGAGCUCUUCCCUCUCGAUGGCGAAGCUGCCUGGGAGGAGUGUCUGGGCCGGCGAGGCCUCGCAGAGCGCCCCGGCCGCCUCGAGCUACAGGUGCUGAACAUGUCCAAGCCGCCGCAGAGGCGAAGAAAGGCCGAAGCCUCUUCCAAGGCUGGAGCGGAUUUGCAGGACUUUGCGGUCUUCGUCUUCGUUUCGUGGAGUGGAAGAGAGACGUGA